AUGCCGAUUCUGAAGAUUCAGGACUCGAAACCGUUCCACACACGCUUUUUGAAAUACCGCCACAGCAAGAGGAGGAUGGAGCGGGGUUCCAUGAGGAGGAUAGCUCUCAUUGGAAAAGGGACCCUGGACUUUUCGGGACGGGGAUGGCCCUAUAGCGAAUCAGAAACGGGAAUGAAGAUUCACACUGUGACGACCAAGGAUGGCGUCCUUGGAGCAUCCGAUACUCCUCCGUACAUCCAUAACUCUCCCGAAGCCUAA